CAGUGUUUUUAAUCAAUCAAAUUAUUCACAGAAAUACUAACUAAAGAACAUGUUAUUCUACGCGCUUAAUGCAAUUUGCAGUGUUGCAGCAUUUGGAUUUUUCGUAACUGGAGAAUAUACACUUCCUGUAUCUACCUGCAAGCAGGAUGCAGUUGAUAAUUCCGCCUGUUUAAAACAAGCUUUCGAAGAAGCAUGGCCACGAUUUAUCGAAGGGCUUCCAGAAUUUGACUUUCCACCUAUGGACCCAUUAUUUUACGAAUACGGUAUAGUUAUGCUUAAUUCUGGCGAGAUACGAGGAGAAUUAAUUAUGUCAAAUGUCACUGUCAUCGGUUUAUCAAAAGCUCGUAUUUUUAAUGCAAGAACGCAGUUUCUCUCUCAUGAUGUCUUCCGUUUGGAGAUUGAUGUACAAAUGCCAGAAAUACUUCUAAAAGGUGCUGCGAAAAUAAAUGGUUCUUUAAGUGUAUUCAGAAUUGCUAAUGAAGGUAAUUUUAAUAUAACCUUGAAUGAUGUCAGAGCAUCAUGGGAGAUAACAGGACAUGUAGUAAACGAUACAUGGAUUGUUGAACAAUUCCAUAUCACCCCAUUAAUUGGAAAGUUUAAAAUAUAUUAUAAAGAUUUGUCCGAAAACAACAAAGAGUUAUCUAAUCUUGUCAUAACUUUUGUAAAUGAAUUCUGGCCUACGAUUUAUCGAGCAGUAUUACCAAUCAUGUUCAAAGAAUUGGAAAAGUUUUAUAUUGAUAUAGCCAAUAGAUUAUUCGCAAAAGUUUCUUUCUCAAAAGUAUUUCCAUAA